GAGGAGGAGGAGGAGGAGGAGGAGGAGGAGGAGGAAAGGGAUGGAGACAACAACUGUCCAGUGUUUCGGACAACUAACGCACAUGGCACUGCCGUCGUCAAGUUGACCGUUUUUGAUGCUGACGCCCCCGCCGACCAAGGCCUCCUCUUCCUUCUCAAGAACUCCACUUCCAGGGGUCUCUUCUCCCUGAAUCCACGCAGUGGUGAACUCUCAUUUGCCAGAGAAGUCGUGGAUGAGGACAUCGGUAGCCACCAUUUGGAGAUUGAGGCAAAGGACAGUGGCGUGCCAUCGAGGUCUUCAGUGACCUACAUAACGGUCGUGAUUGACACACGCAACUACCAACGCGGAAGCGCAGCAGUAGACUUCGGCUCCGCAGCAGGAUACCCCAAAACUCGGAGCGAUGGGGCUUCAGCCUGGAGUAUGGGCUCACCCAGGACGGGUAGCGAUGGUAUCCUCACCUACGACCCUAAUAGCCCCAAUUCCCUUGUGGAUGACACGAAUCCCCUCUCUCUGCCUCGACAGGAGUACUCCUUUCCCAUCGAUCGGCGCCUCAUUUUGGUCUGCUGUUUGGUUUUCCUCGGCUGUCUCCUGCUCAUCGUCUUCGGUACAAUUUUGAUCCGAUUUCGUCGCAAGGGUCACCACCUCCGCGAGGCACAAAUGAAUGCUCCCAGUAAUGUCAACUUCAUACACGACUUCCGGCCAGUACAGGGUAAACCCAAGGAUUCCAUGGGUCAGAAGGCGCCCUUCAUUGCCACGGUGUCAGACAAGUAUCGGGAAACCCCACAGACUCCAAUCCCCUUCAUUGGUAAGGACAAUCGAUCUGUGUACGGCAUUCCUGGUCAGGUCUGGCCCGCACCUGUGCCCUGUUCGAGUAUUGGCUAUGCACAGACUGGUAGCAACCUCAUCCAGACUGGCGACCCCCGAGAACAAGUCAUGCGGAUGGCUAGUGUUGGAAGUCCUCCGUGCGAUCGAGAUCUGGCCAAUUUUGAGACCAGACAACUGGUGCACCUACGAGCAGCACCGGACGAUUUCACCAUUCAGGUCAGUUGUCUUUUCCUCCAGGACUUACCUUAA